GCGCCCAGGAGCCCACUUAGAUCUCUCCGCGCUGUGGGAGGCAGAGAGAAAACACUGGCAGCCAGAACCUUCUCCAAGAGCAGGGGGCGAGAUGCUAGAGAUGCUUCGUCGCAAUCAGACCAGUGCCAAGGGUAAGCCAGCGCCUUCCCCACGCGCGGUCCGUUUGCCUAGCAUGGCGCACAGGCACCAGGGCGUCGGGCGAUUGCUCGUGCCAAGUUCACGGGCGAACUCUGGUCAAUGAAGGGUCGGUUAAGGAGGAGAGUUAGAACUUAACCCGGGUCUAUGCAGACAAUGUUUAUAGAAUCAGUGUAUAGGGUCGUUUGCAGGUGAGGUGUGUUCAGAGAGAGAGAGAGAGAGAGAGAGAGAGAGACUGAAUCAGCACUGAGAGGCACUUGUCUCCUCGUUCCCAGCCCCUCCCCUGGAACAGUGCCAUGCGUCCCGGCGUAUGGCAAGGGGCAGAGGAAGCCCAUCCUGCGUCUCUAUUCCUGGCAGCCACUCAGAAGCAUGUUCUUACUCUUUUCAUCCUGCCUGGGGAAGGUGGUUUAAACAUUUAUUGGUGCGUGCCCUGGGCGAAGGCCAAGGACGUUGGGUACAGGAUGGGAGGCUGUGCGAUUCCUCCGAAGGCACCCUGCCGUGUGUGAGCCAUGAACCCGGGUCCCGCGACCUUCAGAGCUUAGGAUCGCGAGCCAUUUCGGCUGCUGGAUAACCCCUGUAAAUUGGCUUCAGAGACAAAGAAAAGGAAAGCAAACUUGUUUGAACAAAAGGAGUUUCUCUUCCUUCGAGCCACGCCAGCUUAGAAGCCUCCACAAAGCAGGGAAGGCAGCUCCUCCUUUCGCUCGCAGACACUGAUAGACUCCGUGCCUAUCACAGUGGUUCACCGUCAAGGCAAACGGCGUGCACUCCCUGGCCAGGAGUCCUAAGCCCUUAAACUACCUGCGGUCCACAUCAAAGCUCCAGGAUAUGCAGAACUUUCUCGCAGCACCCGAGCCACCACCAUGAGGACCUGCCUGCGGAGACCCAGUCGUCUGGACCAAGCUGUCCGAUGGCUCUUGCUUUUGGCCGUGUUGAUCUCCUUAUUCUUUGUCCUGCCCUCCUUCGUUAAGGAACCCAAUACGAAACCUUUCAGGCGCCAGCACAUGGGUGACGAGGAGAGAGCUUCAGGGUCGCCACACAAGUCUGCACGGCAGGCUCCCCCACGGGAAGGAAGGACAGCGGCUCCUGCAUCAUCGUCCGCGCGAGGGAACAGCGUGCAGGUGCCCCCGGCCCAGGCCACAGCCCUCCCUGCCAAGGGGGACAUCAGAGAAGAGACCGGUGGGGCCACCUCGACUGGGCCGGCCCCACCGAGGGGUCCAAAGAGGAAGGACACCGUGCUGGACACGCGGCCCCCGAGGGCACGGGAUGGGGGGGUGGCCUCAGAGGCACUGUCACUGAGGAGUCAGGACGCGAGGACAACCAAAGGAAGGCAGGACCAGAAUGGGGAGCCCACGGCCACCAGGACGGUGCCCUCGAAGCCUCGGGCCAAAGCGGCCACCACGGCAAGGACACCUGUGCCAGAAAGCCAGGCCGAGGCGCUGACCACCCGGGGAGCAGGGUCAAUGAAAGGAGUGGCCUCGGCCGUGAUGCCCCGCCGGGAGACACCCCGGGCCAAGCCACCCUCCACCCCUCGGCAGGCCCGCACCACACAGAGAAGCCGAAGUCUGCGGGCCGCCAACUUCAAGUCUGAGCCCCGGUGGGAUUUCGAGGAACAAUACAGCUUUGACGUGGGGGCCCUACAGACGACCUGCCCCGACUCAGUGAAGGUCAAGGCCUCCAAGUCACCCUGGCUGCGGCCACUCUUUCUGGCCAACCUCACCCUCUUCCUGGACUCCGGCCACUUCAACCAGAGCGAGUGGGACCGUCUGGAGCAUUUUGCGCCACCCUUUGGGUUCAUGGAGCUCAACUAUUCGUUGGUGCGGAAGGUCGUGACCCGCUUCCCUCCGGUGCCCCAGCAACAGCUGCUCCUGGCCGGUCUCCCCGCCGGGAGUUCCCAGUGCAUCACGUGCGCCGUGGUGGGCAACGGGGGCAUCUUGAACGACUCUCACGUGGGCCAGGAGAUAGACAGCCAUGAUCACGUCUUCCGACUGAGUGCAGCGGUCACUAAGGGCUACGAACAGGAUGUGGGCACCCGGACGUCGUUUUACGGCUUCACUGCCUUCUCCCUGACCCAGUCGCUUAUGGCCUUGGGCGGUCAGGGUUUCCGGCACGUGCCUCUGGGGAAGGACGUCCGCUACCUGCAUUUCCUGGAAGGCACCCGAGACUAUGAGUGGCUGGAGGCGAUGUUUCUCAAUCAGAGCCUGGCGAAGACUAGCCUUUCCUGGUUCAGGCACAGGCCCCAGGUGGCUUUCCAGGGAGACCCGCCAUGGGACAGAUAUCUGCUGCUGCACCCCGACUCGCUGCGGUACAUGAAAAACAGGUUCCUGAGGUCCAAGACCCUGGACACAGUGCACUGGAGAAUCUACCGCCCCACGACCGGCGCCCUCCUCCUGCUCACAGCCCUUCAGCUCUGUGACCAGGUGAGUGCCUAUGGCUUCAUCACCGAGGGCCACGAGCAAUUCUCCGAUCACUACUACGAUAAGUCCUGGAAAAAAACAGUCUUUUACAUCAACCAUGACUUCCAGUUAGAGAGAACGCUCUGGAAGCGGCUGCACGAUGAAGGUAUAAUCCGGCUGUACCAGCGUUCCGUAACUUCCAGACCAAAGACGUGACUGGAGCCUGGACAGCAGCGGUCUCCUCGGCCUUUCCGGGGCACGGGGCAGGGUGGGGGGUGUUGAGGCCUUCCGCCAUUUUCCCAGGGCUCAGUCUGGGCUCCAAGCCCCUCCAGACACCCCCGGGGACCACUGAGGAGAGACUCCCAAGAUGACAAAUGACUGAGGUUUUGGAGACCUCGGAACAUCGCUACGGGUUCCGUUCAAAGGGAGGAGGACUCCGGUCUGGAGACCAAGGAAUUUGAACGAAAUGGCGUGAUGACCGGUCAAUACCACAGAUCCCUGCUGAAAUUCACCCUUCACUGUCCAGAAGAUGCUUGACACCAGGGGAAGAAGCCUGAACCUAUGGACGCACGUCGAGUGGGCCUUUUUUUGGUGUUUUGCCUGAGUAGGCUUUACACCCAAUGGGCGAGGAGCCCAUUGAGGGGCUUGAACUCAUGACCCUGAGAUCAAGACAUUCGCUGAGAUCAGGGCGCCCGGGUGGCUCAGUCGGUUGAGCGUCCGACUUCAGCUCAGGUCAUGA